AUGGCGCUAGAAAAUGCAAUUGGUGAUGCUUUUAAGCAGUUCGGGUUUAUUGAUGAAAACAAACAUCAAGAUGAACCAGAUAACCACGAAUCUGAGAAUUACGAGCACCAAGAUGAACAACAGGAUAAUCAUGAAGAAAGAGACGACGAUUUCAAUCUAGAAGAGUCUGUGUCACAGGCUUUUGCCUCAAUUGAUCAAUCUAAGGAGCCAGAGAAGGCCGAAUCAGAUAACGUGAAGGAGGAACCUGAGGAACUCAAUCUUGAAGAUGUCAUCGGAGAUGCUUUCAAGAGUAUAGCAGAUAAUUUCAACCUGGAUAAACACGAUAGUGGGGAGCAGGACUCCUCGGACCACAAGUAUGAGCAGGAACAUGAACAUCAACCCGAACAUCUGGAAUCUAAGGAGCACGAGAGUCACGAGCUGGAGCAUCACGAGUCUGAAUCUGCCCAGGACGACACUAAUCUAGAAGAUGCCAUUGGCGCAGCUUUUCAAUCGCUUGUGGAUGAGAAUCAAACCAGCCACGAGAGAAAGUCAUCAGAUCACGAACUCCAUGCGGCACUUUCAACCUUUGCAGAGGCCCGUCGUGAGUCGAUCUCUGAAGGUAAGGACCACAACAUUGACCUAGCCGGACUAGUGUCGAAUGUUGUGCAGCAAAUGGCCGGUGAUGGCGAGUCUGAGAAUGUCGAGGGUGCUAUACCGAAAGAUGUUCUUCAGGAAUUGGCCGCUGAAAUUACAAACCAAGUGCAAGGUAGUGAGGAGCACAGCCGAAAGGUUGAUGUGCCACUGAUUGACGAUAAUGUGUUGAUGCACUUCCAGAAGGAGGCCGAUAAGGAGGAGGAAAGACACCACGAUUCAGCCAUCUCCAGUGCUCUUGCCAACGCUGUCAGAACUGCGAUCCGUAAGGCUCCUCAAAAGGGUGCUGAGCAGGAAGCAGAGGAACAUGACUUGGAGAACUUGCAAAUGAACGAGAUCUUUCAGAAUGCUUUCAACAUGGCGAUGCAGAAUCCACAAGAACUUCUUACAUCUUUUGAAGGAGAACCCGAGCUAGCUCUUCCCCCAGAAGUGAAGGAGGCUGCAGCAUCAGCUAAAGAUCUGACGGUCUCUACAGCAGCUGCUAUUGCAGCACUCUCCGUCAAGGAUGCACUCAAUAAGAAAGAUGUUCAACCAGCAGAGGAACCAAGAAAGUCUCUUUCCAUUGCUGAAACUUUGGCCUUCCAUAGGUCUAACAUGGGUGCAAAGAAGCCUGUCGUUGAAAAGCCAGUGGAGGCAGAAAAGACACAGUCUAAUCCUCAUUUGUCUAACAUCCUUUCCUCGUUGUCACAGCAUAUACAAUCUGGAAGUCAAUCACAGAACUUGAUGCUGCUUAUUCGUCAGAUGACCAACGCCUUGAUGCUUAACAAAAGCACUGUGAGCACCAGUGCCAUAGUGCAAGAAAUUACAAACUCACUUCGGGAGACGCCAGAAGUUCACCACUUCCACGUUGAAAGUUUGAAGAAUGCCAAAGAGUUCCUCACGAGCAGUGACUUCGAUACAACUCAAAAGUCUUCUGUGAUUAUAGACAACAUUCUGGAGGUUCUCCUUUCGAAGGAAAAUGUACCUCUGAUCGUCAGCACCGUUCAAGUUCCCAAACCGGAACCCAGCAAUAUGCUUGAAUUUCACACUUCGAUUUUCAACAGCUUGACUUCUUUUGGGAGCUUGCGGGGCAAGAAUGCUGUAUUAGGUGUCAAGCCUGAUACAGAAUCCGACGAAUACAAGGAGCGCAUUCGUAUCGACAACAGAGAACGCAAGAAGAAGUGGAGAGAAGGUAACAUCGAGCGCAACAAGGAUAAUGACCUCCGUUCUCGUGUGAUCAAGAGGGCUAACGUGAUGUUUGGCGAAGAGAAUACCCCAGAGAAGAAGACAUGGAUCGAGGAAGAGUUUCACGUUAGGCGUGAGAAACGUUUGGCUAAGCAGAAGAAGGAGGGCAACAAGUCAUCUGAGAAUCUGGCUUUUGCAGAAGAACUCAUGGAGAAGUCCUCGAAAAACCCAAGCACGUUGGCACACGAUAGUGUCUUCAUCGAUCGCUUGACAACCGGGUUCAACCUAGUCAGCGAAAUUGGAGCUCGAGAAGAUUCCAAGUCCAUCAUGACUGCAGCAUCUGCCUACUUGGCGGUUAUCUCCAGCUCAUACGCCAUUACGUUAGGCGUGACAGACAGAAAGGCGGUCACCAAUGCUAUCACUCUGAUCUUGAAUUCAAUUUUAGAUUCUGCUGUGAAAACAGGGGACUUUUCCAGAUUGUCCUUUCUUCUCAAAACCGAAGAUUCAUCCACAGCACAACCAGCAGACACCAAAGAUCUCCUAAGCAGGAUCUCAGCGUUGACAGGAGGUGCAUCCGGAGGGAAGGGUGCUUCUGCCUUAGAGAUCCUUAGGAACUCACAGAAGAGGCUCGGUCUCGAUUUUGUCAACAGCGACAAUAAGAAAGUCAAGUUGGCAGACCUGAGCAAUAAAUUCUUGGAAAAGGACAAGAAUUCCAUGUCUCGUAUCCAGUCCGAGAUAGACCAGUUGAGGAGCUCCAUAUCUAAUGCAACCACAGGAAGCUACCUCAACGCAGGUUUGAAGAUGCCGCUGUACAGAAGCACCGUGUCGUCAGUUAAGGAAGAGGCGCCUGGGCCUUUACCGAAGGGUCCACUGCCCUUUAUUUCCAACAAAGUUGGCACAGGCACAGAAAGUACUAAUUAUGGUGGCAGAUCGGCUUUAAGAAAGCCAGGAAGUUUCCAGAGACCAGCAUUUUCCAAACCACAGAACCGGGGAAAGAACCUUGGGUUCCCCCCACUCUACUCAGCAUCGUUCGAGCUGAAAUAA